CGGCGAUGUUUGCUGAAAAAUACUGUUUGCAGGCACCCAUUACCUUAUCGGAUACAGAAAGCUAGGUCAUAAAGUCUUGGAUGUUCUUUGUUGUUGAAAACAGAAUUUCAAGCGCCAAGUCAGAGUUCAAAUCUGGCGGGACUUCCUCCAAUGUUGCAUGUCACCCCUCCCCUCGGAGGGGCGGCUGCGACAUCCUCUUUAUCGACCACUGCAGCAACUAAUUUUUCUACAGCAGCAGUAAAUUUCCCAAAUGUGGCAACUAAUAUAACAACUACUGUUCCGGCCUCUUUCUCAACAACAGUGCCUAGCUCUUUCACCGGUUUUACCUCGGCUUCAACAUCAUCAUGGCCAGGUGUUACGGCAACCAACUCAAAAGAAAUAACAAAUCUAACUUUGUGUGGUGCAGGGAACCCUUUUAUAAAAGGAGGUAGUUUACCAAACCCUUUUUCAAUCUCAAGGCCAAGGGUUGCUGCAAUGGGGACAACCACAAUAACUACUAUUGGUGUUGGAGACCUGGAGGAAGCUGAACAUCAUGAACCUGUUAUCAAAAGGGAUCUUACAAAAAACAUGGAUGUGCUGGCACUGAAACUAAAACAGAGAAGAUCAAGAGAGGAGCUUGUAAACCAAGGCAUUAUUCCACCAUUGAAAACACCUCCGGCAUUUCAUGAACAAAGACAAAGGCUUGUUAGAGCACAGGUUGGUGAUCAUUUGCAGAGGAAGAUUAGGAUGAGACCCGAAAGAGAUGAAUUAGUCAAACACCAUAUAUUGGAAGAUACGAAAUAUGAACCGCUAGUUCACAGUAACCAGAUGAGAUUAAAACGUGCCAGGUUAUCUAGUGAUCUUAAUGAAAAAAUUAGAAAUAGACCUGGACCAUUAGAGCUGAUAGAAGGAAAUAUUCUUAAAACAGAACCAGCUGUUGAAGAUGCUGUAAAAAGUGGAGAUGUGCCGUUUUUAAAGACUAACAGUCUAGAUGUAGAUGCAGAUGUUUUCAAUGAUGAUACGCAGGAAAUCAGUGAUGAUGCCUUAUCGCCUCCACAACCAAUGGAGGCCGUAGCACCAGGUGGUCUUGCAUCCAUCCCUUCACCUCCUGAUUCUUUGGCAUUCCUGACAAAACAAGAGGAUGAAGAGGAACCUGACAACAGAUAUACCAUCCUGCCCCAGCAGCAUACAUUCACAUUCGCUCCGACUGGCAACGCUAACACAGUUACAAUGUCGACUAGCAGUCUCACUAAUGCCAUUAAUAGGGUUACUCAAGUUGUAAAUCAGCAACAACAGCAGUUCAAACAGCAGCAGCAGCAACAAAUGCAACAGCAGCAAGCUGCAGCAUCCCUGAAAUCCGGACAGCAAUCAACGAAGCAUACAACACGGAAAAAUAAACAGAAAAAGACAAAACCUAAAGAGAUAAAAUUUCAUGAGUAUAAACCACCAAAUGAACAGCAUACUAAGAGUGAACCACAACCAUCAAUGGAUUCUUCAUAUUCUGUACUGUUACAACAACAGCAGUUGUUUCUGCAGUUACAGUUGCAGUUACAACAACAGCAGCAAGGACAUUUCAUAUUACCAAAUCCACCUAUUAAUCCCCAGCAACCAAUAACGACAGCACAGCUACAGCAGUUGUCUCACCAGACCACAUCAACUGCUACAGUAACAACAGCUACUGUCUCAACAUCUUCAUCCAUCGGAAGCCCAAGCCCAACUAGCAGUACACCUCAGUCAAAGCAGACAAUCUGUAAAUCAAAAAGCACAACAAACUUGGAAGAUAUGAAGGUUCCCGAAUUAAAAGCUGAACUGAAGAUUAGAGGACUGCCUGUAUCUGGCAAUAAACAACAGCUGGUGGAGAGGUUGAGAACAUCUUGCAAUAAACUCAACAAUGGCUCAACAAGUGCUACCACAUCAUCUAAUAGCACAACAACAUUCACAGCAUCUAGUGCAUCAACAACUGCUACUACAGAUGCUUCAAAUCUACAUAAAGUUGCCAGCGCACCAAACAUGAUAACUGAAGACAGCCUGAAUGCUAGCUUGAACAGUGCACCUGGGUCUUUGAGCUCACCACCAGUGUCACCAGGCGGCAGCUCAGAGUACAGUCACUCCAUCAACUUGCCCAAUUCACCAAUGAGUGUAGCAGAUCCAAUGUCACCGCCACAAGUCAUAAUGCAUACUCAGCAUCCUCUCACGGCUAACAUCACUCAGGUGGUGAGUCCAGCACAGAAACAGACAGUGACAGUCACUCAACCUACUGUUCAGCCUGUGACAUUUAGUAUAUCAGCUCCAGCUACACCAACGCCAUCAACCACAGUUAGCAGUCUGGCAGCUCCAAUGGAUAUUGACAGUAAUAGUAACAUGGGAGCAUCUACCAGCGGAGGUGAAAUGAUGGAUAUAACUGAUUUUGACUUUGGUGACCUUUCAAAAAGUAACGAGAUCUUGAUUCACCAAAGGCGUCUGAUUGGAGCUCUGCAAGAACAACUUAGAUCACGGGAUCAGCAACUAUUCGAAAUGCAGCGUCAGACAAUACCAGAACCUCUCCUGUCAAACCCGCCGUCGCCACAAAGUGCACCUAACCAAGCCCCUCCCCCUCCCCCACCACCGCCACCCCCGCAUCCUCUGAACUUCUUCUUAGAUUCGGAGCAUACUUUGCCAAGUACUCUAUUGACUCCCACCACCCAACAAGCUAAAGUCAAGUCCCAGGUACCACCAGUACCCAACCUUUUUGAAGAUUCAGAAGUACAGGUGCCCAAUCAGCAACAUCCUUUGAUUGUUACUUUACCAGACGGGCACCAAACCAUUCUGUUUACAACAGCUACAGGCCAGCCUGUUACCAACUUGAGUAACAGUUCAAUUUCAAAGUCUGCAUCUCUACCGAGUAGUCCAACUGGGACCACCACAUCACUGGAAACUCCGGGGAUCCCAAGAUCUACAACCAAUCCUUCAUUAGAAGACACAAUGAGACUACCAUCAUAUUAUGAGGCUGUUAGCCUGAAAAAUGGUAACAAAUCAGGAAAACGUGCUGAGAAGGAUCAAUAUUUGGAAGAUUUAUUGGAGACUUUAAUACAGAAUGGAUAUAAUCCACCACCAUCAACGCCAAGGCAUUUUGAUGUACAUUCAUUCCCUACAGUGAUAACAUCGACCACCACUGCAACACCAACGGCUGUUGUGUUCACUACAGUACCAAUAUUGGCUAAUACAACACCCCAGAAUAUCCCUAGCAAGACGAUCAUUCUAAAUCAGCCUGUGACAGUUGCAACUAAACCAUCAUCUCUAAAUAGACAAGCACCUCCUGCUCUGACAAUCAACUCAGCAAUAAAUGCCCUUGCUCCAUCUGGGGAUAAACUAUCCCAGUCUCUCCCUCGUCAAGUUUUAGCGACUGAACUGCCGAUGGACGUUGAUAAUGGGGAUCCCAGUCUGGCUGCUCUAGAUCUAAGUACAUCUGAUAGAGAUAUGUUAGAUUUACAGAAUAGCAAAAUUGACACUGCUGGUAGUAAAAUGCCGAAAGUCAAGAUUGAACCUAUUGAAAUAGAAUCACAGCACUCGCCAUUAGGAAGCACACCAAGUAUUGAUUCUGAAUUGAACUGGUUAGAUUUGGUGAUUCCUGGCUCCGCUACUGGACUUACCCCUGUCAGUGGAGUUCCACCAGCUAUGAAUUUUUCAUUGGAUCCAUCAUCUGCUCUUGGAUCAGAUCCGUUCAGUAUAAACUUCUAUGAUCUGGCGGAUGUCAGCACUCCUACUGAACUGUACCACUUGGAAGGUGACCAAUUAGACAACAUACCUAUAGAUUGAUUGCAUUGCAUUGCAUGUGGCUAACUACAUAUAAACAACAUAUGUAAUUCUGCCUACCAUAUAUAUAUAUACAUUGACCAAUUUACAGCUGUUGUUUGAUGGUAUUAUACAUCAUAAAAAUGUUUGUAUUAUAUAUAGAUAAGACACACCUGUGUGCUGUUUGCCUACCAGGCAAUAGCAGACAGCUUUUUUCAAUGUACGAAAUUGGAAAAUAGUGCAAAUAUAGGCCCGCCCCGUUUGCUGGAGAUUAUUUUUGCAGGUGCACAUAAUUAUUAAAAUGUUCUCUCUCACUAUGACGGGUUAGUAAAUAAAUAAAAAAAUCACUGUAUAUUUUUUAGAAUUUCUCCAUUUUUAGUUGUCCAUUUGUGUAGAUAUGUGUAUUUUGCUGAAAUUCUGUUGCCAUCUGAACAUUCCAGGUUGUGUAGAAAGUCAUUUAUAUACACAUGGCAUGUUGUAAAAUGGAAUGCAAUCAUGUAAAAUAACAAUAAAAUUACGUCGCUGCACGGUGUUGAAAGAAGUGUGCCAAAUUUCAUGCAAUACAAGUUUUAUUGCUUUGACCAAUGUGUAGGUAAACAAUUAUGUGUAGUAAUUUGUCAUGCGAUCAUUUUACUGUGUUACCAAAACAGGUGCAUGGGAUUAUUAAGAGCAGAAAUUCUGAGAAAAAUUAAAUCACAUAGUUUAAUAAUUGACCUAAUUGUAAGCCACCCACAAAGAAGAGGCAACAAAAUUAUGCAUUUUGUUUUUGAAUAAAGUCAUGUGGCUACAUGUAUACAUAUAGAUACUCCUGAAAUUGAUUUGAGUUGAGCAUAACUCAGAAAAACAAUACGUCUGUUGCACUAUGUCUGUGUAUAUGAAAAAACAAUGCCCUGUUGCCAAGCAAAAAGGUAGUAGCCAUUAUUAUGUAUAAUCACAUUAGCUUUUGUAUUGGCUCUUCUUUGCGGUUGUAUAUAGUGUAAUAAAUACGCACUGCCUUUACUUCUAUCCUUGUACAUGCUUGAAAGAAACAGGAAAGUAUUUUUGUAUAUUUCAAAAUAAAAAAAAAAAAAAAAGGCUGUUUCCUGUCAGUGGCAAAACUGGCUUUACAUAUUGCUAUGU